UUAGGAUGCAUGAAGUUCUCAGUUUUUGACUCUAUUUUGUCUUUUUAUUUAAUGUAGUAAUUUUUUUUUUUAUGGACUAAAUUGACUAAAGUUAGUUAUGGCUCCUCCAAAUAUGCUUACUUUUAAUUUAUGUUUUGUUUCUAAGAAAACUACAAAGACAGUAAAUUAAUUGUAAAUUCUGAGACAGUCAUAAGUUAAGGGACUACUUUUGAAUAAGAAAAAUGAAUAUUUCGUAGUGUACUGUUUGUACAGAUGUAAAGUACAUUAUAAUAAUCUGACUAAAUGAGUCGAAAUUUUGAGAACAUAAGAAAAUAAAAAUAAAAAGACUUUUUCCAGAAGAUGAAGUUUUUUGAAUCUUGUGACAAAUUUGCUAUCAAACCCAAAGUUUUAUGUCAAAUUUAAGAUGGACAGCCAGUUUAAGAAAAUGGGCUAUGAACCCCAAAGUCCGCGUUGGAUCCUCACUACGUGACUGCAGUUUCAAAUACAAUGCAUGGUCCAGUGAAACACGAGUCAUGAAGGCUGCUCUUGAGCUAAAAGGAGGAAAGAGUGCUGCAGAAUAAUAAAGGCCUCUUCUUGUUCUUCUCUGCAGCCUUCAUAAACACUUUGCAGAGGUGAACGCAGCUCUUUUAUUCUCAUUUUCUGGACUCUUUCAUCCUCUCUGGGUGCAGAGGGCAGAAAGGACUCUGAGGUCCACGUUUAUGAAAUCAAAAAGUUCUGUUUGCAAUUUACACAGACAGGGCUGAACAUUCAAAGAAAUGUGCAUCCCUGCUGCAGCCCCCACACUCUCUGUGGGACAUGAAAGGAGCACUCAUUUACACCCCCACCUCACCCUCUCCUGCCUGCAGGGCAAAUGUGCAGAGGUUACUUAACAACAGUGUGUUUAAUUAAUUGGAAAACACAUUUUUCUUAAUGGUUAUUAUUCAGACAUGAAAUGAUCUCUUUGUUCCCGGCGCUCAGACAUAAUUACCCCCCUUGGGACCCCUCUGAGAAGGAAGAGACAGCUUCAGAUGAAGCUGCUGCUGUUUGGAUCUCUGUACCUUCUCUCAUCUGCAGAGGAUGCAAGAAAAAAACCUAGGAGAAGAUGCAACAAGUCCAGAACGUACCUAAUCCCCCUCCAGCAGCAGAAGAUCCAAGAUGGAGUUAGAGCAGACACAGCCCCUCAGCUGUCCUUCAGCUGAUCCACAUCUGAGCUGCUGCGGUCCAGAUCAGAGUGACAUGGCUGGACAUUAACCCUGCAGUUUUUUUUCCAGAGGUGCAAUGAAUGCAGCAUGGAGUGGCUGCUGUCAUGUCACAGAAACUGUAUAUCUGAUUGUUUUUGGACUCAAACAAAGGUUCAGUAUUUAUUUGCUGAUCGAGGAUGGACGGUUCUCCUCAGCAGACCUUAGUGAACAAGCAGCUCCAGGCCCCGUCAAACCAGAGUCUAGACGUGCAGGUCCAUCUGAAAGAUCCAAAUCCAGAGGAUCAUAAUGGGCGAAGAGGACAGAUGUCAUCUCAAUGUCUGGUCCAAGAUCUGGAUCAAGAGGAGCAGAUCCAGGACUCUGUGGACAGAGGGUCCAACCUGAACUCUUGUGCAACCAAUCAGAGAGAAGCUGAGGAGUCGGGAGGUGGGUUCCCGGCACUGGUCGUCACUGAGCCAGAGGAGUCCCUUGGAGCUGCGCCUGCUGCUGCAGCAGCUUCUCGGAAAACUCACAGACCUGCAGACCUGGUCAUCAGCUCCACCAGCUUUGGCUGUGAUGGAGCCGACAUGAACUGCUUUGACCUGCUGUCUCCCAGGAGCGACUCCUUCUCUGUGACCAGCGACUCCAGGAGGAGUGAAGACGACACAAGCAGCGUGGCGGCCUCAUCUGUCAUGUCUCUGUUCCACAGGGUGCAGCUGGACCCUCUGGAGAAGGACUGGCUGAGGAGCUCAGCUCUGGGGAACACUGCUGCUCAGCGCCUCCUGCUCACUCAGGAGCCCAGCCUCAUUCUAAAAAAGGACUUCAUCUCUACGGCACUUCACUGGGCAGUCAAGCAGGGCCGCAAAGACGCCGUGGACAUGAUGCUUCACUCCGGCGCCGAUGUUAACGUCAGAUCGGGUUACACGGCUCUUCAUUUGGCCUCCAUUCAUGGACACGAAGACAUGGUUCGAACCCUGAUCAGCAGCUAUAAUGCUAAGACUAACAUUCGAGAUUACCAUGGCAAGAUGGCCGUUCACUACUGGAAGGGUUCCAGUGACGUCUUUAACCAGCCCAACCUUCAGCCAGAUGGGAGUUUCUUCCAGGCUCGCCGCUUACAGCGAUUUGCUCUUCCCUCUUUUCGGCUGUCGCGCUCUCGCAGUCACGGACAGCUUCACCUGGAGUUUAGGACUCUGCCUCAGACUGCAUCACACGAUGCACUGGACCUCCAUGUGUAACGUCCACCAUCCUGGUUGGCCCAAAGACGCCUGGUCAUUAGCGAUCACAGUCAACGAUUAUCCAUGAGACUAUAAAAUGUCUGCCUAAAGUGGGAUGACCACAGGCCACUGACUGGAAUUCAUGUCUCCCAACUUACAAAUGACCAAUUGGGCGGGACAAUUUAAAGAAAGUUGUGUUAAGGCCACCCACCUGCCAAUCAAACAUGCAUAAAUUUGAUUUCGAUUUUAAGAAAAAUUGCUCAAUUUAAUUUUUUUUACUCACGGGUUUACAAUAGUUUUUGGUGGGUUUAAAAUUUGACUUAUUUGCGCUUAACGACAAAUUACUCUCCAGUGGCCGUUUGAGGAACUGCAUAUUUAGUCCUUGAUUUACAUUGGGAAGCAGGCAUUGCGGCUAGUUUGUGAUUAUGAAAAAAACAAACAAAAACUUUUUUGAACUGUGCAGGGAAAUUCAAACUCAACUCUUAACGUGAGUUUCCCUAAAAUUCACCGAAGCUACCUGAUUCAUUUCUUUUAGUCUUUUUUUUAAUUUACUUCAAAGCAAAAACAAAAAAAAUCCAAUUUUGUCUGAAAAGCUGUCUCAGUGGUGUCCUUUUCUGCUGAGGUGGCGGUCCCUUCUAAAUCUGAGCAUGUGCUGAUCCCAGCAUGAAUCACAGCGGGACUCCCCCUCACGCUGAACUCCUUCUGCUCAGAAUAACUGCCUUUCAGGUUCCAGCUGAACAGAAACUUUUUGUUUAAGUUAGUUUUUGAAAGUGGCCCUGAAUGACCCUCAAUACACGAGCGUAGACCAGGGGUUUGCAAGCUUUAAAAGUCAAAGAGCCAUCUGAGCUUCUUUCUUUACUUGAUCCGCAAAGUCCAAUUGUACCCUUUUGAAGGGCGGCAGUGGCUCAGGCGGUUGAGCGGGUCGGCCAAUGAUCGAAGGGUCGGCGGUUCGAUCAACUAGGCAAGACACCUACAGCAUUGCUCCACUGGUGUUAGGUAGACUGCCGGUAUGCGCCUACUGGCAUACUGGCAGCGACGCCUCUGUCAGUCUGCUGGGAUUACAUCGGUAGCUUACCAUCACCUUGCGUGAAUGGACACAAUGUGAGCGCUUUGACGUCUGGAAAAGGGCAGAUAAAUCCAAUCCAUUAUUAUUAUUUGUUCUUUACAGUGUAACUUUUAUAAUAAAUAUCAAUUGUAUGAUUUUUGGCAUAAGUAAAAACAAAAAUAUAAAGAAAAAAUAGCAUUUUUUUCCAAAUGUGAAAAUGUUUGUAUUACUUUUGACUGAAGUUUGUGUGACUUCCUUUCAAAAUAAAAGACAUUCUGUGCCAAA